UGUGCUGUAGCUGAUUCUGAGCAGAUCCAAUGCGGUCUACCUGGGAUCAGUGGUGCUGCGUGUGAAGCUAUCAACUGCUGCUUUAACGGACAGCAGUUCUAUGGGAGGGCAGUGACUGUCCAGUGUAUUAGAGAUGGUCAGUUUGUGGUAGUGGUGUCUCGAGACGUUACCUUGCCUCGACUGAGUCUGGAUUCGGUUCAACUACUGGGUGGAAACGACCCACCUUGUGCUCCUGUGGGGUCUACACCUUCCUUUGCUAUAUACCAGUUCCCUGUGACCGCAUGUGGCACGAGCGUGAUGGAGGACGGUGGAUAUGUGGUGUAUGAAAACCGAAUGACCUCAUCGUAUGAAGUGGGGAUUGGACCAUAUGGUUCCAUCACAAGGGACAGUCAUUUUGAGUUUCUCUUCCAGUGUAGAUAUUCGGGAACUUCUGUGGAAGCUCUGGUUGUGGAGGUCAACUCCGUUCCUCCACCUCCACCAGUAGCCGCUCCUGGACCUCUCAGGGUGGAGCUCAGACUGGCCAAUGGCCAAUGUGUCACCAAAGGCUGUGCUGAAGGGGAUGAGGCCUACACGUCCUACUACAGUGACGCUGAUUAUCCCAUCACAAAAGUCCUGCGAGAGCCUGUGUAUGUUGAGGUGCACAUUAUGGAGAGGACUGACCCCAACAUUGUCCUGAUGCUGGGACGUUGUUGGACUACUUCAACCCCCAGUCCACUCAGUCUCCCCCAGUGGGACCUUCUGAUCGACGGAUGCCCUUACCAGGACGACCGCUAUCUGACCACACUGGUUCCAGUGACUGGAUCGUCUGGUCUUCAGUUCCCAACCCACUACAAGCGCUUUGUUGUGAAGAUGUUCACAUUUGUAGAUCCAGCCUCACUGGCUGCUCUGCAGGAAACCGUCUUCAUCCACUGCAGUACAGAGGUGUGCCAUCCAUCAUCUGGCUCUUGUGAGCAAAGCUGCACCAGGAAACGAAGAGACACCCGUAUCAAGGCUGUCUCUGGGGAGCAGACUGUGGUUUCUAGUGGAGAAGUUACUCUGGUCAUGUAAAUCUAGUGUUUUUAAUAAACCCUGCAGAACCCCGAGGUA